GAUACGCAGUUACCCAGCCAACACCCCCCUCCCCCCCCCCCUUUAUAUGGGUGACGACAUCGGGAGGGAUCACAAGGUCCUCUUCAGAAGAAGUUGCAUUGUCUAGCAGUAUUUCUGGCUAUUCUCAAAGCUGUAGACGUCUUCAUAUAGUUGACAACAUAAGAUUUCUGUACAAUGAAUGUGUCCCAGACAAUGGAGACGGAAGAGGAACUCCUAACAUGUCUCCACAUCAGCUUUUACCACCCACAGCAGCACUAUAAAGGUCUUUACCAUCUGCUUCCAUUGGGCAACAGAAGCAAACAUCUGGCAGAUGAGUCUGUGCGCUUGGGGCGGGAUGCCCAGUCUUGCACCUUCGCCCUGGCUGACCCGCGUGUGUCUCGCAAACAACUGGCCCUGCAAGCUUACCGCACACCUGAGAGCCCAGAAAUGCUGUUCAGCCUCCAGAACCUGUCUCAGACGGUCAAAGUGUCAGUGAACGGCACAGGCCUGAACUUCUUGGAAAGGGCGGAUCUCCCGAGUAAGGCCCUGGUCCGGUUCGGCGAAUAUGAGAUUUUGAUUAUCAAGGAGGCUGGUGAGGCCAAGCAGAGCUUUGAGGUGGAGUUGGAGGUGCUGCCCGUGCCUCCUUCCAGGGAGACGGGCACAUGCAAGCCCUGUAACUUUCCCAUCAUAGAGAUGGGCGCACAUUUGAUACCUCAGCAACCAGUUCAGGUCCCUAUAGAGACCGAUGAGCUCACGAUCCGAUCACUUGACAACCCACCGUCGCUCUACACUUCUGGUACACUGUAGUUUUUUUCUUUUUUUAAUCAUUCCUGUAUUGUACUAACAAGAAACUGUGCUCUUUUUGUACAGAACAAGUUUUAAAGCUCUUGUAACUAUUUUUAUACUCAAGUAUGCCAAUGUUUUCACUUCUUUAACCGUAAUCAUUGUGAUUAUUUCUAACAUUCCAGGGGCGGGGGGGGAAAUCCCACACCUACCAGGACUGAUUUUAAUCACAUCUUUAUCUACAGAGAACAAAGAGGAAUCAUAAAAAAGCAAUUUAUCAAACCUUAAAAUGUGAACAUUGUCCAUGGAUGCAAUAUAAUACAGAAAUAUGUCAAUUGAAAGUUAUCCCAGGAUGAAUUUUACUUCACGGUCAAGUCUUUCACUCUGAAGGCGAGGCACAAACAGCU